UCAUCACCAUCGCUGCGGUAGAAAAGCAUGGACGCUAUGGGGCGACACAGUUUUACUUUCGGAAUCUGCGGGCACGUGUUUCUGUCAUUUCUUGCAUAUUACACGGAAUGUUCCACGCACUGGGUGGUUACCGAAGAUGGAAAAAUACAGCCGCAGAUUGACAGCGUAUUCUCUCUGCGGCGACCUUACGACCUGCUAGGACUGCUGGCACAAGAGGAGCGUGCCGUGCAAGUCGAGGAGUUCAAGCAGCAGCUGCUGCAACGAAAGCAGGAGAUUGACUGGUGUGAGGACCAGGCAUCCGAUGUGGAGCAGCGACUGUACUCGACCGACAAGGACUGUCUGCUGGCUGGGCAACCCCUCACAGACUUUGACCUGUAUGUCAGCACAGUGGUGCCCUUCGACCACAAAAUACAGAGUCACUGGGAGAAAAUAGACCAGCGGGCUGCCCGUGGUGACCUUCCAAAGCCAAACUGCUCUCGUGCGCUGGAUUUGGAUUUCAGCAUGCAUUCAUUCGAACAUCUGACUGGUGUUCGAGAGAGAAAGAACCUGACCAUGACACCAGAGGCCGGGCUGCAUCGGGCCGUCUCGGCAAUUGAAGGGACGGAGCAAUUUGGCUACGAGGUGUACAAAGCCAUGGCUAAAAACAACACAUCCUGGGUGAUCUUCAACUUGGCUGCUUACUACUGGAGGGAGCAGGGUGAUGCUGCAAGUGCUAUAGAGUGUGUACGCAGAGCGCUUCACUUUUCUCCCAGGGAGCACAAGGACGUAGCCUUGAUCAGCCUGGGCAAUGUCCUGCACCGGGCCCACCUGUCUGAAGAAGCCGCCAUUGUGGUUCACGCAGCUGUGGACACAGCUCCAGACAAUGCCAUUUGCCACUUCACACUGGGCAACAUCUAUGCUGUCCUGGCAGACUACAACAAGAGCAUUGUCUGCUUUGAGAACACUCUCAAAGUGCAACCUGACUUCCAGAAUGCUCGUCAGCGUCUCCAUGCUGUUCACUGCCACAGCAAGCUUGAGAUUGCUUUGGAAGCUCAGCACACGUCUCUGCAGCGCACUCUUGGCCAGUUGCGUGAGUACCAGGAACAACGGGAACGCUGGCUCUACCAGAAUGCCAAGCUGCUGAGCGAGCAGGCACCGCCCGAGAUGCGCCUAGAGCAGCACCUGGAAUAUGAGGAGCACAAGAUACGACAAAGCCUCGAUGGAAAGGGGCACGAUUGCUUCCAGUUUGAGCAGAAUGGUCACAUGGUGCUGAGCUGUAACAUGCGCCGGGACCCGUACCAGCUGAACAGCCUGCUCGACCUCAGUCUCAACGUGCAGUUUGUACAGGCAGUGGAGUCGCGUGUCAGUCAGCUGAGCCAGAAGACGGGCGCACGUGGUGGCAGCCGCUCCUCGUCUACCUCCUCUCCCAGCCAAGCUCCUCCUCCUCCCUCGCAACCCGAAGAGGAGUGCCAGAAUGUCUGAGCUCGUCUCAGCCACAUUCCCAAAAUUUCAACUGGUGAAACCAGAAGAGAGCCAAGUCGCUGAACAAAUAUCUAAAGAAAGACGCCUUCCAUGUGUUCACUUCACGCACACUACUGCAGAAGAUUUAAGUCUAGUCUAAGCAUCGGCAGGGACAAUGCACAAUGCGUUGCGCACAGUGUUCCCUGUUCAACAGAUGAUACCAAGCAACGAGUGCUUGCGGCUUUUUUUUUUCCCGCACAAGUCGUGCGAGGCCUAAAAAGGAAUGGCCUGCAAGAGAAACUCUCCUCUGCACCGCAGUCCCAGUGCCAUUAAUAUAUACGCAUAUUAUUGCAAAAGUGUCUGCGAUUCGCCACUAUUCACUGUUGUCAUCCUUUGGAGUCCACAUACAAUUUAUGUACAUACGUGUUCUCGCUAAUAAAAAAGUCACAGUUUUAAUCCACGGGAAAA